CCGAGACUCACCGAGCCAUAUACAUGGCCCGUGCACUGCCCCUCAGUCGGUACGUAUCCGCUCGUUCCUGAGUUAGCGGGGCGUAAACAAUCGAAGUCCGUCUUCCAGGUUUGCUGUCACCCAUCCCCUUCAAGCUAAACCUCCAAAAACAAGCCUGAUUCGACCUUAACACCACAACCAACACCGCCGCGUCGCCGCACGAUAUUUUCCUCCCAACCCUCGCAUUUGUCAAGGCGAGGAAGCGAACUAUCCUAGACACCACCCUACAACAUCUCCAUCAUCAGAACAGCCCACCACACCGCAACACAACCAAUCAACGAAAACGGGGGGUAAACAAACCACCGACCCCCACCGACAAAACCAACAACCGCAACCACAACACAAUGUCUCAAAACGCAGCAACAUACGCAGACUGCGUAGCCUCCCUCCGCACCUCCCUAACCUUCCUCCAAAACUCCGUAUCGACCCUCGACACAGGCGUCUCUGACCUCCCUCGCCUCGCCUCUGUCCUCCGUCCCACGCGGCACUUCGAGCUCAUCCCCCAACCCACCCUCGCCGCCGCCGAGGCAUCUUUGCGCGAUGAAAUCGGUCCGCAAAUCGCAAAACUUCUCGACCGCGCCGACGCCCAGAUCGCGCGCCGCGAACGGCGCAUCGAGACGCUGCAGGCUCGGUGCGAGCUCUUGCAGGGCCGGUUGGCGGCGCCGUCUGAAGAUGACGGGUACGAGGCCAGGAAGGCAAAGGGAAGAGGAGGGUAUGCUAGCGGAAGUGGUGGGAAGAAGAAAGGGUUGAAUGGGGAGAGUGCUUUGCGGGCUAGGGCUGUGAGGCAGAGGAGGGAGGGGUUGGAGUAUAGUGUUGAGAGGCUUGAACUUGAGGUCUUGACGAAGGAAAGGGAGUUGAGGAAGAGGCUGGAUAAGGCUUGAGAGAGAGAGAGAGAGAGAGAGAGAGAGAGAGAG